AAUAUAUAUUUUUCAGUUAUUAACGGAUUAAUGUUUCCAUAAUAGCAUUUGGUUCAGCAAAAACAAGCAAAAGACAGUCUAAUAAUUCCAUCUAUUGAAAUAGAAAAUUAUAAAACUAUACAAUGUCUACAUCAAAUUUGUUUUUGAAUAUUAUAAGCCCUGAAGGAAUGAUUACAAGCUUUAGUGUGACAUCAGAUAUGACUGUCGGUACUGUAAAAACUAUUGCAAUAAAACAUUUCUAUGACGAUGAUAUAUCAAAAAAUCCAAUUAAUUUUCGUUUAAUUCAUACAUCUAAAUUUAUGCAGCUUCUGGAUGAUCAUAAAAUAACUUGUGUAGAAAUUCAUGAAAAUGAUGAAUUAAUGUUAAUAAACAUUCGUCCAAAAUUUAUAGAUGAAAAUUUAUCUGAUGAUGCUUUAAAAGGUCCAAAUAAGGAAGUAAUACUACAAGUAACAAAAGAUUUACCUACACAUAAUCCAAUAAAAUAUAUUCCAUGUCUUUACUAUCAUACUGACUUUCAGUAUGAACUACGAAAAAUUUUAAUUACACUUGUAAGAGCAUCAGCAAAAGUUAUAUUGUACAAUUCAGAAACACAAAAGCUGUAUGAUAUUUUAAAAGAAAAAUUAAAAUGUAAAACAGAUAUUGAUCCAAAUGCUAUAAAAAUUAUUACAGAAAUGGGUUAUUCUAAGAAAAAAGUCUUGAAAGCUCUUUAUUUGCAAAAAUCAAACAUAACAGAAGCAUUAGAAUGGUUAACAGAACAUCAGAAUGAUCCAGAAGAUGAUAAUGAUGAUGAAUAUUUUGAUUUUAUGUCUACUGAAGAAGAAGUAUAUGAAAACUUGGAGAAGGAAGAAAACAUACCCAGCAUAGUAGAUCGUUUGCUAAAACAUUAUCGUCAGUGCAGGAAGAUAGAUUUCAAACCUGAUCUUAAAAUACUACAGUCAUUAUUAGAGAUGGGAUUUGAGAAAAAAAAUAUUGUUCAGGCUUUAAAAAUUACUGAAAACAAUCAAGUUAAUGCUUGUGAAUGGUUACUUGGAGAAAGUAAACAUAAUUUACAAAAUUUAGGUCCAGAGCUUGAUUCAGAUAGUUCAAUUUAUAAAGCAAUCAUGAAUGAUCCACAUAUUCAACUUAGUCUUACAGAUCCUAAUAUGUUCCUUGCGUAUUUAUCCUUGUUAGAAUCAUCAGCUUUAAAUGAACGAAUAAGAGAUCCCGAAGUAAAACCAAUAAUGGAUGACAUUAUAUCAGUGUAUAAUACUGAAAAACCUUCAGUUCAUAUAAAUCAAUAUGCAACUUCUUUUUUUGCAAUAAUGGUUCAUUAUUUUACAAGCGAAGUUGUACAGCCACCAAUAACAUUAUUUAUGGGAACUGAUCAAUAUGAAAAUGAUGAGCUUAUAAAAUGGGGUUGGCCAGAAGAUGUUUGGUUUCACGUUGACAAAUACUCUUCAGCGCAUGUAUACCUUCGACUUCAUCUUGGUCAAACAAUAGAUGACAUACCCAGUACAGUUUUAGAAGAUGCAGCACAGUUAGUAAAAGCAAAUAGUAUUGAAGGAAAUAAAAUGAAUGAUGUCGAUGUAGUGUACACAAUGUGGUCAAAUCUGAAAAAAACACCAGGUAUGGAAAUAGGACAAGUUGGCUUCCAUAGAGAUAAAGAUGUUCGUAAAAUUCAUGUUGCAAAACGUAUAAAUACCAUUGUUAAUCGAUUGAAUAAAACUAAACGUUCAGAACAAAUAAAUUUACAAGCAGAAAGAGAACAACGAGAUAGAAAUGAACGGGAAGAUAAAAAAAGACUUUUGAAAGAGCAAAAAGAAAGAGAGAAAGCAGAAGAAAAACAAAGAAAAGAAGAAGCAGAAAUGAGAAGUUAUAAUUCUUUAUUCAAUACAUCUAAUAUGACAUCAAACAUAGAAAAUAGUGGGUAUGAUUCAGAUGAUUUCAUGUGAUGAAAUUAUUAAUAUUAUUUAUAAUUCAAUUGCCUAUACUCAAAGUUUAGAAUAAUGGAUAAACAUAUUAAAAAAUAUAUAUACAACUUUAAAAUUAUUUCUAAAAAUUAAUUUCUUUAUUGUUUAAAAAAUUGUCAUUAGACUUUACAAAAAUCUAAAACAACAAAAUAAUGUUCUGACUAAUAAGAUGCUAUAAAUUAAAAUAUUUAUAAAAUUGCAGUAAAGUACAAUACAAGUUUUACACAAAUGCAGAACAAUUUUUAGCAUUGGAUGA